CCCGUAUAAAACGUGAUGACGUCUGCCUCACUGAGCGUAUUAUGGGAUGUGUGGAAUUAAACAGCGAAGGCAGUAGAUAGAAGAAAAAAUAUAUAGCUUAUAAACGAGGUUGAAGUAAACAUGGAGCUAUCGGCUGUUGGAGAGCGUGUCUUCGCUGCCGAGUCCAUCAUCAAACAACGCAUAAGAAGAGGUCGAAUGGAAUAUCUUGUGAAAUGGAAGGGCUGGUCUAAAAAAUAUAGCACCUGGGAACCAGAGGAAAACAUACUAGAUGCGCGCCUCUUCGCUGCGUUCGAAGAAAGGGAGCGUGAAAGGGAGUUAUUUGGGCCUAAGAAGAGGGGACCGAAGCCGGAGACAUUUCUGCUGAAGGCAAAGGCGAAAGCCACAGCAAAGACUUAUGAAUGCAGAAGAGAAAUGCCAAGGGGGAUUCGUGUUUCAUACCCUGUUCCGAUGCCUAUGAUUACACCGAGAGCUCGAGAGGGACUACGGGCUGUCGUGCCCACAAUCUUUCCCCCUAGCACGGUCAACCGAGGAGAGAGCGUGAGGGUCAGACUGCCAGAGACAGAGAGAAGGCUGCGACCGGCGCCUCCGCUCCCAUUCAUGGCUGAGGAAUUUGUCAACAUCCCUAAAAAAAGGGGACCUAAACCCAAGUUGCGUUUACGAUUCAACAUGGAGCCAGACAGCUGUCCAACAGAGGAGCCCGCGAAGAGGAGUCGGUUAGAGGAGCAGCAGGUCCCAUACGGUCUGUCUAAAAUGUCCAGACAUUGUCAUCAUGAAGGCGAAACAUCUAAGAGAAGUGUCAUCCAGUUGACACGCAGGUUUCAAGAGGGAACGAGCAUUGUGCCAAAAUCAAACAAAGCUCAAAGACUGCUGGGGACUGUGUCCCAUCCUGGCACCCAUAGCCAUGACGGUAGACUCGUCCAUAAGGCUAGACUCGAUCAACAGAGCCGCAGGACUUUAGAAUGCCCUGGGGGCAUGUCUGUCCCACACCCCAAACUGAAGCAUGUGUCCAAAAACCAUUUCUACAGAGCCAGUGACUCUUCUUCAUCCAUGCAACAGUCUAGGCCCAUUGUUGUCGCCAAAUCACCUGCAUCGAGGAGUUCUGGAGAGCAGUCAGCAGUGUCUUGGAGGCCUUGUCUGGAUAAUGUUGAGAAGGUGGUGGUAACCGAUGUGACAACAAACUUUUUGACAGUCACCAUCAAAGAGAGCAGCACAGACAAAGGAUUUUUCAAAGAUAAUAGAUGAAAUGAAGUCAGUAUCUGCUUCACAUAACAUGACUAACAAUGCAACAGCUAUUUGUAAGAACUUAGUAAUAGCUUAAUCAUGAUCAUUUGAGAUCCAUUUUCUAUAGGCCUAACUAUAUCCAGAGUGUAUGUUUAAUAUGUAUUAUGUCAAAGUAUUUAAUGUAAUAAUGACCAAAUUAAACAUGUCUAUAUAGUUUA